GCCGGGCAGGGGGCGGAUUCCACAGCUGCAACUCCCCGGACGCACGCAGGCCGAGAGCCCCCCAGCUUCCGUGCCCCCUCGGCCCUGAAACUUGGAGCAGGGUAGGGGUCCAGCAUGAAGCCCCCGGACCGCCCCGCCCCUGGCCGCACGGACCGGAUCCUGGGGGUCAUGGGGGGCAUGCUGCGCGCAUGCGCCCUCCCAGGGCCGGAGGGGCCCCCGAGCAGAGGCCCCCUAGGGCCGGGAGGGACCGAGACAGAGUCGGACUGUCCCGAGGGUGAUCAGAAGGGGGAGCGCCAGCGUGGGGUCCCCGCCUGGGCGCCGCUGCCCGAAUCCUAUUCCAUUGCUGGCAGUGAGGGGAGUAUCUCAGCUUCAGCUACUUCGGGUCUGGCUGCCCCCUCUGGCCCCAGCUCUGGCCUCAGCUCUGGCCCCUGUUCCCCGGGCCCCCCAGGGCCAGUCAGUGGCCUGAGAAGAUGGUUGGAUCAUUCCAAACAUUGUCUCAGUGUGGAAACUGAGGCAGACGGUGGCCAGGCUGGACCAUAUGAGAACUGGGUGCUGGAACCAGCUCUAGCCACAGGAGAGGAGCUGCCCGAAUUGACCCUGCUGACCACUUUGUUGGAGGGCCCUGGAGAUAAGACGCAGCCACCUGAGGAGGGAACUCUGUCCCAAGCCCCUGAGAGUGAAGAAGAACAGAAGAAGAAGGCUAUGGAAAGGAGUAUGUAUGUCUUGAGUGAACUGGUAGAGACAGAGAAAAUGUAUGUGGACGACUUGGGGCAGAUUGUGGAGGGUUACAUGGCCACCAUGGCUGCUCAGGGGGUCCCGGAGUGUCUUCGAGGCCGUGACAGGAUUGUGUUUGGGAACAUCCAGCAGAUCUAUGAGUGGCAUCGAGACUAUUUCCUGCAGGAGCUACAGCGCUGCCUGGAGGAUCCUGAUUGGCUGGCUCAGCUGUUCAUCAAACACGAGCGCCGGCUGCACAUGUACGUGGUGUACUGUCAGAAUAAGCCCAAGUCAGAGCACGUGGUCUCAGAAUUUGGGGAUAGCUACUUUGAGGAGCUCCGGCAGCAGCUCGGGCACCGCCUGCAGCUCAACGACCUCCUCAUCAAACCAGUGCAGAGGAUCAUGAAGUACCAGCUGUUGCUCAAGGAUUUUCUCAAAUAUUAUAGUCGAGCUGGCAUGGACACGGAAGAGCUGAAGCAAGCUGUGGAGGUCAUGUGCUUUGUACCCAAGCGCUGCAAUGACAUGAUGACCCUGGGGAGACUUCGGGGGUUUGAGGGCAAACUGACUGCUCAGGGGAAGCUCUUGGGCCAGGACACAUUCUGGGUCACCGAGCCCGAGGCGGGGGGGCUGCUGUCCUCCCGAGGUCGAGAGAGACGUGUCUUCCUCUUCGAGCAAAUUGUCAUCUUCAGUGAGGCCCUGGGAGGAGGAGUACGGGGUGGAACACAGGCCGGAUAUGUGUACAAGAACAGCAUCAAGGUGAGCUGUCUGGGACUGGAGGGGAACCUCCAGGGUGACCCCUGCCGCUUUGCACUGACCUCCAGAGGGCCAGAGGGCGGGAUCCAGCGCUAUGUCCUGCAGACCGCAGACCCUGCAGUGAGUCAGGCCUGGAUCAAGCAAGUGGCUCAGAUCCUGGAAAGUCAGCGGGACUUUCUCAAUGCGUUGCAGUCACCCAUUGAGUAUCAGAGACGAGAGAGCCAGACCAACAGCCUGGGGCGGCCAGGAGGGCUUGGGGUGGGGAGUCCUGGGAGAAUGCGCCCUGGAGACCGGGCCCAGGCACCCAGUGACACCCCCCAAGCUGCUCCCGACCCUUCUCCAGCUCCGCCAGUUCCAAACACCCCUCCCUGCCAAGCCAGACUUGCCAAGCUGGAUGAAGAUGAGCUAUAAGUGGCGCAGGCCUGGGGUGGUGCGGACGGGGCCACCCCAUUUCCCAAGGAACUUCAGGGCAAUCCUUCUGACACCACCUCAAGAUUCCUUCUUGAUGUGUCUGGAUGGGGGGCAAGGCUGGGAGUGAUGUUGACGUGGAGGAGGAUACCUAGACUCAAAAAGAUUUCUUUCUGCUUAAGGAACACAGGUCCCUUCAGCUCCCACCCCUAUGCAUGCAUCACAGGUCCCCCCCAAAGGAGGAUAUGUGG